AUGAAGUACACUGUGUUUCUAAUUGCUGCAUUUAUCAACUGUGCUUUUGGAAUAGACACCGUGCCCAAAUUGAACGUGACAAAAUAUCUUGGUCGCUGGUAUCAGAUGUACGGCGACCCCACAGUCAUGGCAACUUUUGAGCGUGACGCAGUGUGCGUGACAGCGGAUUACACACUUAGGAAAGAUGGAAAAGUGGGCGUUCUCAACAGUGAAAGACUCCGUACACCGACAGGAGAGGGAAAGAACAUCACGGGUUAUGCCUACAUACCCGACCCUAAAGAACCGGGGAAGCUCAAAGUUCAUUUGGGAGGCACGCCUGUUGACGCUCCAUUAACUUAA